UGUGCGCACCGCCCAUCCUAACCCUCCUUCUCUCCCCUGUCCUCGUGUGUAUAUUAGGGGAUGCGUGGGUAUGGAACAGCCUGCCUCGAGUCCCAGUGUUCUUGGGUCUGUGUGUGGUCUAUCUGUGUUUCGGCGUGUGUGAUGCUCGUGUGUUACUGGUGCGCAGAUACUUGCGUAUGUGCUGGGUGUGUGCGUUAUCAGGGCUCCCUAAUCUGUAGAAUAAGGGUGGUUCUCCGAUUGGUUUUUGAAGGAGGAAAAUCUUUAUAAUGGGGGGAAGAAUCAUAAGACGCAGAUCUCCCAAACCAGAGCCAGUCAGAGCCGUUUUAUGUGCUGCUCAGGCGGCUCCCUGAUUUAAGGGGUUCUCUUCCCUUGGGUUCUAACUCUGCCCGAGAGGCUGCACCUCUCUCCCCCACCACCCUGGAACACUUGGUGGCUGACCUUCUUCGAGAUGCAGAGAAGCUGAGCAGGAAAUUUUGUCCUCCCCAGAAGCCAACAUAGACACUAUCCAAGUAGCCCCUGCUUUUUUAGAGCAGGAACAGGAAAUGGACCAUCUCCCUUGUCAUUGAUAUCUACUGAUGACAUUCAGAAAGACAUGCACACCAUAAUUAAAGUAGCCAGACAGACUACUCUGUCCUCUACCUCACCACCAUUGGAGUCCCUGUCCUGGACAGGUAACAUCCAAUCAGUGAUUCGUCAGAGAGUGGCAUGCUGUCCCGUCUGGGUGAUCUGCUCUUCUACACUAUUGCUGAGGGUCAGGAACGAAUCCCUAUCCACAAGUUCACUACUGCACUGAAGGCCACUGGACUGCAGACAUCAGAUCCCCGGCUCCGGGACUGCAUGAGCCAGAUGCGCCGCAUGGUUCGAGAGACAAGCAGUGGUGGCCUCUUGGACCGAGAUCUCUUCCGAAAGUGUGUGAGCAGGAACAUUGUGCUCCUGACCCAGGCAUUCCGAAAGAAGUUCGUCAUUCCUGAUUUUGAGGAGUUCACGAGCCAUGUGGACCGCAUCUUUGAGGAUGCCAAGGAGCUCACUGGAGGCAAAGUGGCGGCCUACAUCCCUCAGCUGGCCAAGUCAAAUCCAGAUCUGUGGGGCGUCUCCCUGUGCACUGUGGAUGGUCAGCGGCACUCCGUGGGCCACACAAAGAUCCCCUUCUGCCUGCAGUCCUGUGUGAAGCCCCUCACCUAUGCCAUCUCCAUAAGCACCCUAGGCACUGACUACGUGCACAAGUUCGUGGGCAAGGAGCCCAGUGGCCUGCGCUACAACAAGCUCUCCCUCAAUGAGGAAGGAAUCCCCCAUAACCCCAUGGUCAAUGCUGGUGCCAUUGUUGUGAGCUCCCUGAUCAAGAUGGACUGUAACAAAGCAGAGAAGUUUGAUUUUGUAAGUUCCCUCACUGCUCAGCCCCUGGCUGCUUUUCUCCAUGGCAUGUUGUCCAUUCCAGCUGCCCCAGUGCCUGGCUCUAACCCCACUUUGAUGGUGCACCAGCCCAUACUAGAAGCCUUAUUUCCAGAGGUCUUGCAGUAUCUGAAUAAAAUGGCUGGGAAUGAAUACAUGGGUUUCAGCAAUGCCACAUUCCAGUCAGAGAAGGAAACAGGGGAUCGGAAUUAUGCCAUCGGCUAUUAUCUAAAGGAAAAGAAGUGCUUUCCUAAAGGGGUGGACAUGAUGGCUGCCCUGGAUCUCUACUUCCAGCUGUGCUCCGUGGAGGUGACCUGUGAAUCAGGCAGUGUCAUGGCAGCCACCCUGGCCAAUGGCGGGAUCUGCCCCAUCACAGGCGAGAGCGUGCUGAGCGCUGAAGCAGUGCGCAACACCCUCAGCCUCAUGCACUCCUGCGGCAUGUAUGACUUCUCGGGCCAGUUUGCUUUCCAUGUGGGCCUGCCAGCCAAGUCAGCUGUGUCAGGAGCCAUCCUCCUGGUGGUGCCCAAUAUCAUGGGAAUGAUGUGUCUAUCACCUCCCCUGGACAAGCUGGGCAACAGCUAUAGGGGUGUCAGCUUCUGCCAAAAGUUGGUAUCUCUUUUCAAUUUCCACAACUAUGACAAUCUGAGGCACUGCGCUCGGAAAUUAGACCCACGGCGUGAAGGGGGAGAAGUUCGGAACAAGACUGUGGUGAACCUGUUAUUUGCUGCCUAUAGUGGAGAUGUCUCAGCUCUUCGAAGGUUUGCCUUGUCAGCCAUGGACAUGGAACAGAAAGACUAUGACUCCCGCACAGCCCUGCAUGUUGCUGCAGCUGAAGGACACACUGAAGUUGUUAAAUUCCUGAUUGAGGCUUGCAAAGUGAAUCCUUUUGUCAAGGACAGGUGGGGCAACAUCCCCCUGGAUGAUGCUGUGCAGUUCAACCACCUGGAGGUGGUUAAACUGCUCCAAGAUUACCAGGACUCAUACACACCAUCUGAGACUCAGGCUGAAGCAGCAGCUGAGGCCCUGUCCAAAGAGAACUUAGAGAGCAUGGUGUGAGCAUGGGGCAUGCACAGUCCCUGCACAAGAAAAAGCACGAGCUGGCCACACACUUAACAUAUAACCACCAGACGUGCUACAGAGGGCCGCACUGCUUCAGUGAGGCGGGGGGGGGGGGCAGUGCUUUCAGUGAGAGUCAAAAUACCCCAUUCCCUUGGCAGACAGAGUAUAGAGAAGUGCCUUUGUGGACUCCUGCAGUAGAGCUAUCCAUGAAGAUUGUGGGCUUAAGGGACAGCCUAAUGGCUUAGCCCGCUCCAAAUCAUCCCAGGUCUUCACGCAGGUCCCCUCUUCCUCUCUCUGAAGAAGCCAUUAUGAGAGAGAGAGAUACUCUGGUAAGGGGCUCUAGCCACCACGCACAGGUAUAUAUCCACAGAGAAAGAGAGGAGCUAUGCACCGGGCUUUAGUAGUCUGGAGAGAUCUGCCCCCCCUUGGCCAGGAAGUGCUGCUACUGCUAACAGCAAUUUUAUAGACAGAGAAAGUAUUUUGUGCUCAAAUAAACUUUAAUUACACAAAUUAUUAUUUUUGCUAGACCCAGUCCUUCUCUUUGUCCCCUAGGGCCAUCCAGCUGCAUCACCAUCAUAAAGGUAGAGUAAGAUGGGACCACAGGGUCACACAGAGCCCAAAGAAUACAUAUUUCACAUACAUACUCACCCCACUAGGUUAUCUUCAAUCCCAAAUACUGCUUUAGGUUAACUGUAUUCUGCUCCAAGUGGGGACAAGUGCUUGGGUCUGAACAGGCCCCAAAAUGGAUUGUGCCAAGACUUCAGGCCUCCCUCCUCCCUCUGGAAGUUACAACUGUAGCAGAAAUGAAGAUGGAACUUCUCAAGAAUAAAGUUUCUAGUACUAAUCCCCUCAA